UCCUUUGAUACACCCAGAUCAGGUUUUCCAAAUUCCACUACCAUACGCUCGAUUGGCGUGGUAGUGAAGGAUCAGGUAAUUAAAUGGGAUCACCUCACUGGAUACAUGACACAAAAGGGUACUGAGACCUUGUUUACCAGUCGCACAUGUUGCCAUGAAACACACAAUUAUGUUAUCUGUACAUGUAACACUUUGCAACCUUUCUCUCCCAACAACACCAAACUUAUUAAUGUUCAGUCACUGCAUGGUUAUUCUGAUGUUGUCCAGGUGUCUCACACACAGUGGUGCGUUGUCAGUGAAAUGAAUUCCUUUACCUACGGAGGACUGACCUGCUCUGCUAAUCACUCGUUCUGUUUGGAAGUGACAGAGGACUUUUCAAUGGGCCAAGUCAACAUUUUAGGAAGAAUGCCACUGGACACAGAGACCUCACCAUGGUGGGAUGACACUUUCUAUGAGCAAGGCACCCAAGCUGUGGUUGACGCGAUGGACCUGACACAAAGACUGAUCCUGCAAACUGAAUACCACCUAAACCAAGCACAGGUUGAAACCAACCUGGCACGAAAGACGGCACAACUUUUAUCCAGUUCAUCCACUCGGUCAGCACAGUACACCUACACCUGGUGGGACUGGAUGUUCCGGGGAUGUGCCAUUGGCAGUGCCCUGAUCUUCACCUUCACCAUGUUCCAGUGCUGUUACUUCAGACACCUCAUACGAUCUACACAAGAAUCCACACACGCUGCCCUUGCCCUCAGCCCACUGCAGAUACCUGUGUUCCAAAGACUCUAAAAAAAUAAAUAAAUAAAAAUAAAUAAAUAAAUAAAAAAUUGCUUUGUCUGACCCCGCAGGUACCCUAUUCAAAUUCGCCCAUGGGGCCAAGUGGGGAAACUGUAAGACUUUUGCUUGAUCCU